AUAUUUGUUUGGUCGCUGAUGAUACCGGCGGCUUUGGGUACUCUCCAGCCGCGAUUGCAGGAUGGUCUUGCCCGGACUCCGCCUAUGGGGUGGAACACCUAUAACCACUAUAACUGCCGCCCAAAUGAAGCCAUUGUGCGCUCUAAUGCCAAGGCAUUGGUCGACACAGGGCUUGCGGAGCUUGGGUACCACUACGUCACUGUAGACUGUGGCUGGACGGUCUCCGAACGAACCGAGAAGGGAUUAACCUGGAACGAGACUCUCUUCCCUGAAGGCUUCCCGGCUCUGGGCAAGUACUUGCAUGACCUAGGUCUGCUGUUUGGAGCUUACGGAGACUCGGGUAUCAAGCUGUGUGGUAGCCCGCCUGAUAAUAUUGGGAAUUUGUAUCAUGAAGAGGAAGAUACGAAAGCCUACGCCUCUUGGGGUGUUGACGCUCUGAAGUAUGAUAACUGCUUCUCCGACGCCGCAACCGAUUACCCAAACGUAAACUACGAACCCAGCACCUCACCCCAUCCUCGAUUCGUAAAGAUGGCAGAUGCUCUCGCACAGACAAACCGCUCGAUCCUCUUCCAGGUCUGUGAAUGGGGGAUUGACUUCCCAGCUCUCUGGGCUCCGUCCAUCGGCCAUACCUGGAGAAUCGGCAACGACAUUCUCCCCGCGUGGCGAAGCAUCUUCCGCACACUGAACCAGGCAGUUCCACAGACGAGUUUUGCCGGCCCAGGCCAGUGGCCGGAUCUAGACAUGCUGGAGGUCGGCAUCGGGGCCUUGACUACCCCGGAGGAACAGACGCAUUUCUCGCUCUGGGCGAUUCUGAAGAGCCCGUUGACGAUCGGCGGGGUGUUGAAGGACGAGAACACGAGUAUCGGCGAGGAGUCCUUGGCUAUCUUGAAAAAUAAAGAUGUGAUUGGGUAUAAUCAGGAUAAGCUGGGGGUGAGCGCAAGCUUUCGUCGACGAUGGACAGACGAGGGCUAUGAGGUGUGGAGUGGGCCGUUGUCGGGUGGACGGACCGUGGCGGCGUUGAUUAACUGGAAGGACGAAGCUAGAGAUUUGACUCUGAACUUGCCGGAUAUUGGAUUGCAGUUUGCUGGGUCCUUGAGGAAUAUCUGGGAUGGGUCCACUGCUCGGGAUGUAAAGUCUUCGUACACGGCCAGGGUGGAGCCUCACGGUACGAUUCUGGUUGAGUUGCAGGACACGAUUGUCUCCCGCCAGUAUCCGGCAAAGAGCUUCGCGUCUUCGAAUGGGGCAUCGACGACGUUCAAAUCGAUCUACGCGAACACGACGAGCAGCAAGCAUACCCUUACGAUCAAUUUCUCCGAGCCAGCCUCAUCAUCAUCGAAAAUAACCCUCGAAACUACUGCCGGCAAUGGAACGAUAUCCAAGGCAAUCCCGGAAUCUAGCGAGCAGGUAUCGCUCAACCUCCCUCUCGUUGCCGGAUCAUCCAACUCUAUCACAAUCAAAAACUCCCCACCAAUCGAGUCCAUCCAAGUCAACUCACCCAGAGGGACUUACUACCCCAGCACAAAUUUCACCCUGGGAGGAAGUGCUCGCAAGGACUCCUGUGGCUCGGGCUUCUGUCAGCCCGUCGGCUCCAGAAUCAGAUACAUCAGUCCGAAUGGCACAGCCCGCGCCGUCGUCCCUGCCACAGCUGGGUCUAAGUACAUCGAAAUCGACUAUACCAAUAACGACGUCGCUUUCGACUCCGCCUGGGGCUGGGGUACCAACACCCGCAAUCUUACCGUGGCGAUCAACGGCGGCAAGCCGGUUCGUGUGGAAGCGCCGUUGAGUGGCCGACACAGCGAGCUCUUUGGGCCGGGCUUAGGAUGGUGGGAUACUGCGACGAUGGGAGUCCUCACGCAGGGAUGGAAGGAUGGGGAUAAUGAGGUCGUUAUUGGGAAUGUUGGCGGGGAGCAGGGAUUCGAGUCCUACGGGGCGGAUUUUGUGGGGUUGAAGGUUUAUAGUUGAGCGUGGUAUAGGGGGACUUCGGGCCAGGUUUAAUAUGAGUUUGGU